AUGAGUGCAGUACGGUCGAGGACGACGUCCCGAUCGGGACCUCAGCGGUCUGUGCUCUCGGCGCGGAAGGCAUCCGCUGCCCUGCCUCCGUUGGUUCGUUGGCAACUUGACGAAAAUGGUCGUAUUGCCAACUUUGACAUGAAAGUGUUGCGGAAGGACGUACUUCAGCGGGUUGAGGAUGGUCGUCUUUACACGCUGGAGGAGUGUCGUGCGUUUCUCCUUGAGCUCACGCGCGUGGCGGCCGCGUGGCAGGAGGAGGAGAUUCCGCAGUUGAUGCUCCUCGUGGAUAUGCACGAGAGGUUGGUGCCUGGCGCGUCGCUCUCGUUUCAGUGGCCCACAAGCAGUGAAGAGCCCUUGCCGCUGGCGAACAUGGCAGGUGUGGAGGGCACGCUGCCGAUGCUAAGGAAAGUUGUGGAGGAGGUGAACCGCGCUGUCGCGCGGAUGAUUGAUCGCUUGUGGGAGUCCCGCAGAGAACGUCUGCUUUUUGCUGCCCGCCUACUGCAAGACAUCGAGCCGCAGUUGCAGGGGGUGGAUUGUGGCGCUGCGUUGGCGUAG